CAGUUCGAUUUUUCACAGUUUUGUCAAUUUGUUGAUAUUUUCGGUGGAAUUGUCAAUAUAACACCGUUUUUAAUUCAUUAUCUGCUUCACACAGGACCAAGGCACGUUUAAGAUUCCAGGGAUUCGAUUGCUGAACCAGAUGAAGAAUGAUCGACAGCUGAUUUAAAUCUUCUCUUGAAACAGCCUACCUGAGGAAGUAGAUGGUACACAAUCCAAAAAAUCGACAAAAUGCUAAUUAUGUCAUCAUGUGAUCUUUAAUUCUGUGAUUGUCUAUUAGGAUGCGCUUCCAUAGUUUGCAUGGAAGCGCGGUGGUCCUGACAGAGGACCAGACACUUGCAACGAGGGCAAAUAAUUUCUGUAACGGAAUAGUUUUCAUUGAAGAACCGAUAAACAUCGGGACUAAAGUAUGUAUCGAACUUACGAAAGUCAACGAAAGUUGUGGUUCUAUUCGUAUGGGAAUAACUUCCAGAUCUCUGCAGAGUCUCUCCAAAGGAAAAUUACCGAAAUUCAUUUUCCCAGAUUUGCUUCGUGAAAGAGGAUGCUGGGUGCAUGCGUUGCCGGAGAAAUAUUCAGAAACUGGGAAUCGUGUGAUGCUCCAUCUUGAUUCACAAGGUCAGCUGCAUUAUUUCAUCAAUAAUGAACAUAAAGGGAUCUUCCUGUGUGACCUGCCCACUAGUGGCGGGCUCUGGGCUGUCUUCGAUAUCUACGGCAACACUAAGGCAAUUCGGCUUGUUUCACCUGAUGAAGCGCCGGUAGAGAUACUUGCCCGUGGACCUGAUGCCAUGCAGGCCUACCAUAAGGCAUGCGAAUCCGGCACAAGGCCGGAGUUCCGUACUCGCCUUAUGCUCCUUGGGCAGGACCGGGUGGGCAAAACAAGUUUGAAAAAGGCAUUGACUGGACAAAGUCACAAUACAACUGAGAUGGAGACAGAUGGCAUCGACCUCUCAGAGUCCUGCAGCUUCAACAUGAUGGACCGCAAAGCUUGGAGACUUGCUAAUCAACAGCCAUGCCACAGGGAUUAUACCUACAUCACCAACAGCCCAAGGUCAACAGGUCAGAAUGGUCAAGGAAAUAGUUCCACUGAAGAAUACAAUGAAGCGCUGGCAGAAAAUAUAAUACAGGAACUCUUAUAUCAUUGGAGGCUGAGAAAGAGCAGUGAAAACGAAAAGACAAUAGCUGAUUUUGAAUAUGAGGUGGAAUCGUCCAAUAUUUAUCAUGAACUGCUGACAGGUGCCUCUGAGGAUGUAACUAGAAUGGUUAACUGGAAACUAAAAGAGUUCUGGCACAAGCUCAUGGACAAGCCAGAACAAGAGAACACCGACAAGCAAGUCACGCUCGAUAUCUGGGAUUUCUCGGGGAAUUCUGUGUACUAUACAACUCAUCAGGUUUUCCUGACACCUCGAGCUGUCUACAUCAUAGUCUUCAAUCUGUGCCACGACCUCGAUGGACUCGUAAAAAGCCACUCGUCAACUGAAGGGCAGGGUGAAAGUUAUGAUGGGGAAUUAACGAACCUGGAGAUGCUUCAUUUCUGGAUUCACCUCAUCUACUUGCAUACUUCUCAUAACACGAAAGAUAGCAUCGACAACACGGGGCUCUCUCCGCCGAUCUUUAUUGUUGGGACACACAGACAUGGACUACACCAGGAAGACAGUAUGCAACUAAAAAUGGCUGAGAUGAAAUUCAAGGCAAUUACGGAUAGCCUGUGGGGUAAACCAUACCAGAAACAUAUCGUGCCUACAUUUUACGCUGUGGAGAAUUCUAUAGACCAAGGGGAGGAUGUACAGGUUGCAAACCUUCGUCAACACAUUCAGGAAGUUGCUCACCAUGAGUCCUAUAUGGGUGAGCAGAUCCCGGUGAGAUGGCUAAACUUUGAGAGUGCAGUCAGUGAUUUGGUGCAAGAUGGAACCUCAUUUGCUUCAAUUGACCAGAUGAGUGUGGUUGCAAAACAUGAGGGCAUCACCUCGGAUGAGGAGCUUCGGACGAUGUUAGAGUUCUACCAUGACCUUGGGGUGAUCAUUUACUUUGGGAGGAAAGGACAACUGGACAACACGUUAUGUAAUACUGUGAUAUUAAAUCCUCAGUGGUUGGUGGAUCGAUUCAGAGAGGUCAUUACAUUUCAUGGAGCAGAUCAAUCAAGGGGGCCAGUUUCUGAGUUCUGGCAACGUCUUGAUGCAUGUGGCAUCAUGGAUGAGCAGGUGAUCAACCGUAUUUGUCGCGACAUUCCUGAUCAGAAACCAUCACUGCUGGGUCUCAUGGAGAAGUUUGACCUUCUCUGUGAUCGUCUUCCGCCGAGAAAUAUAAGUCAACUCGAAGCUGAAAACCUUGUCAAGAGUUACUAUGUGCCUUCAAGAUUAAAACCGUGCCUGAACAAUAUCCACUUAUUUAUACCGUCCAAACAAGAUGUAAUGUUUUACUUAGAAUUCAGUGGAUUCCUGCCAGAUGGUCUCUUCCAACGGAUCUUGACUCGAGCCAUACGUUGGUCCCAGGAGAAUGAUGGACGUGAUCCAAGGUUAUAUUAUCGGAAAGCAAGGCUCUUUCUGGACCAGGAGCAUGAUUUUAUCAUAGAAAUGGAACAUAUGAAAUUGGCAAGAAUAAGGGUGACUGUGAUCCGUGUAGCUGAGCUCUCAGAUAGUGACGACACAUCUGUUGACACAGCAAUUGACCGCCAGCUUCCACCACCUGAUGCAACCGCCUGUGCUAGAGUGCGUAACUUCUUGGAUAGCUACCUGUCUGAUCUGCGGGAAAUGUGGAUGAGACGAAUCUCGUACAAAGUCGGAGUGCAAUGUCACUGUGAUAGAGCCUGUCAGCGACAUCAUCAACCGGGCUGUCAGGAGCAAAUGUGUCUUCACUUUCUCAACCUAGAUGAAUGUCUUACAAAUAAAAUUGUCUGCUGUGAACAUCGGAGGAUAAGAACAUCGCCUUACAGGAAAUGGUUUCCUGCGCCAGUCCCUGUUGUGCGGAAUGGCCCAGUGCUGCCAGACACCGUCAUAAAUGACAAUGAAGAUAACAUGAUUUCGAACAUAGAAGCCCAAAAAGGUUCCCAGUUGCCAGGCUGGGUCAAGAGUGCUGCUAAACUGCUGAAUGGAGGAUCUGAAGGCCAGGAUUGGACUGCCCUGGCAAAGAAGUUAGGUUACAAGAAGAACAAGAUCGAUAAAUUCAAUGAUGAUCUGAACCCUGGCCUGGCUCUCAUUGCUGACUGGAUCAUUAGCAGUGGGAAUACAGCCUUAUCAGUCGAUAUGAUGGUAUCGUAUCUAGAACAGCUGCAUAGAGAGGAUAUUGUGGACAUUAUACAGAAGGGGCGAGAGGCUGAGGUUGAUCCCCCACAGGUGUUCAUCAGCUAUCAGUGGGACUCGCAGGAUGAGGUGCGUCCUUUGAGGGACCGGCUGGAGAAGGCUGGCUUCACGUGCUGGAUGGACAUAGGCCAGAUGGGAGGAGGAGAUCAGCUGCAUGCCAAGAUAGACGAGGGAAUUAGGAACUCAAAGGUGGUGAUUGCUUGUUUGUCCCCAAAGUACACAGUGUCACACUACUGCAGUCGGGAGCUGAGCCUUGCAGACAUCACACGGAAACCUAUCAUACCUGUCAUGUAUGAUAAGGUUCCCUGGCCGCCACCAGGGGGAAUGGCACUCAUGUUCUCACAGCUCGUCUACAUUGAUAUGAAAGGUGUUGGUGGCCAUGGCGGUUCAGGAAUACACGCAGAUACGCAAGAAAAAUAUGCAGAAAUUAUACAACAGGUUUCGAAAUAUGCCGUUCCUGAUAUAUCGAGAACAGAUCAGUCUGGCUCACUGACCGAAUCGAAGAACAGUAACCAUUCCCAGAGUUCCCUGCAAAGUGGCUCGCAGUUAAGCACCGGAGGAUCGCGUGAUCAUCAGGUUAUUAAUGACUUUUUUCAUGAUCGUGUGACACCGCCACCUAGACGGCGAGCGUCACGGCAAAGUGAACAUUCGUUACAGCGGCCAAAUCAAGUGGAACAGGUUCAUGUCACUAAGUGUGCUGUAUGUUGUAUGCUGUGAUUGUGGUUCAUAGGGCCUUGGAUACAUCUACAUGUAAGCUACACAUGGACACCUUUGUAGCCAGCAAAAUGACUUGUCCUUCAGUUGAUGUGUGACCUGUGGAGAGGGACAUGCAACUCUUGACAAAAUGUGAAUGUGAACUCUUUGUAGAGUGGGCCUUACAAACACUUGUGAUUUAUAGCCUGUGUUUUCAUCUUCAUAUGGGCAAAUUUCUCAUCAGUUAGAUUUUGUUCAGGCCUAAAGCACUCUGUAGACAAGUCAUUUAAGUUGCUGUCUCUGUGCUCCACCCUCUCAGUCCUGAUCUCAGUCCAGAGACCUGCCAGUGUCGUGUCAAUACCUUAACUGCAGUAUUUUACAUGUUAGCUAGCUAUCAUAUCAUUCGAACACAGGUGUCUAAAGUAGUGGUGAUGUUUACCAUGUAAUGAUCCACAGGUUCCUUUGUUCUUGUAACUGUGAUAAAUAUGUAGCAUUGAAUCUCCUAAUCCGUCCUAUACAUGUGGCUAGUGUAAAAAGCUAAGUGUCAGAUUGCUGACUGAGGUGAGGCAGAAAUUGUCACCUCUAAAAUUGUUAACUUUUGGAAUGGACUAGUUACAUGGAACCCAGGGUUUCUUUCUGCCAGGGGAGGGGGACAGGGUUCAAGUCCCCUCCUUCGUUGAGCAUGAUUUGGCCCAGAGUGAUUCCAUCUGGAACUACCGUACAUGGUAAAUCCAUACAUGUCGAGUGUAUUUUUUUAUGUUGGUGAGAUUGCCAAUUUUGUGAAACUUGUUUUAUAAUGUUUCUCAAGUACAUGUAUGUUGUUAAGAAUUUAAUGAUCAAACAAUAUCAUAUGUUAUUAUUCUAAAUGCGUCUUAAAAAUUGGGUCACAGCACAAAGAAUUGAGUUUAGUGUGCAAUUUUGAUGUGAUGCACAACCAUUGCUGAGUCUUGUUGUACACCUUAUAUUGGCAUGUUUGAUACCCCUUGUUCCACAGUACUUAACGUCUGUAUUCAUGAGAGGGAGGUGGGUCACAUACCUUAAGCAUGUUACAAUGUGUCGCCCCUACACAGCGAAUGUGUAAAAUGUUAGUCAAACUCAAGGAAUAGAUAUUUAACAAGUGGUACUUUUGGCUUGUCACUGAGUUUUAUAUGUGCAUGAAUGAUGAGACUUUCUUUGCACUGAAAGUCUAAAUCUACUGCUGAAAAAUUGUAAAUAUUUGACAGAUUUGUUGGACCUGUAGUCAUUGUUUGAUGAACUACAAGAUACUCACAAGUGGGGAAGGUUAGACAUGGUUUUAACAACUAUAACUAAAGUUGGCAACCAAGUUAAUGUAGAAAUAAAGUGAUAUUGGGUGUUAGUGUUAACAACAGUUGUUAGUGUUACUAGAACACUAACUUAGGGUUUAUGACUACUGGGUGUUAUUUUGGCAAAAACGCUAAUAAUUUUUCAUUGGCCACUAACACUUGCCUAGUGGCAUUAAACUGAUAUGUCUUUCAUGGUGUUCAGAGCCAUUUUUUCCUUGCAUUUCUAAUUAUUGAUGGUGGACACUUACAGUAGUGGGGUAUGAUUCCAAGCAGUGUUUGAGAGUGAAGAGAUGUGUAAAUAAAAAUUGUAAAAAUGUGACCCGCUCUACCAAAACUAGGCGCUUGUCGCAUCUGAACUUGACAGGUUGAUACGGACUUGUUGUUCAUUUCGCUAUUGUAGACCUUUUGUUGAAUGUGACCAAAUCAGUUUGUAAUAGAUUUUUCACAAAAGGUCAACAAUAGGGAAAUGAACAACAAGUCCGUAUCAACCUGUCAAGUUCAGAUGCGACAAGCGCCUAGUUUUGGUAGAGCGAGUCACAAAUGUAGACCUGUCUUCAGUUAUGAGAUUUAUGGAGGAGUUUUAAUGGCUGAUGAUGAUGUUGUUUAGAUUUUCAAUAAUCGUGGGUGAAGUCACGUUCUGGGAACAUCAAGUUUAUUUUAAAUAAAAUCUUGUAUAAACAUCUGGGUAUAUUUUACAUUCAUGUAACUUACAUAUGUUUACUUGAUCAUGAUCAUGAUCUGUCGUUAUGGAAACCUUCAUAAUAAUAGCAUUUUAUAAAUGAUUGAAAAUUGGUGCUCUAUGAAAACGGUAAAAUGGACCAGAAACAAUUGAUAUAUUUGACAAAAUUGUAAUUUAUUCAAUGAAAUUUAUCACAGGAUAUUAAGAAUAAUUUAGGAGUUCAAUGAAUUAGGAAAACAUUAUAAGUGGUUGUUUAACUGUUAGUUAUUAUGUAUGGCUGUAAACCAGGAAAUAGUUGUGGCACAAUAUUUUUGCAGCAUUUUAAUUUUGUCGAUCAAGAAAUGUAAGAAAAAGAUAUUAAAGUGCAAUCAUUUCCUAGUUUAAAGUAGUGUACAAGAUUUCUGCACUUUCAAUGUACAAAGGUUCUUUGUA